ACUUUAUUCGUUAGAUAGAUGUCGCUAUAACGAAGUGAUCUUAUCAAACAGACCUCUGAACCGAUGAACGCGAUAAACACGAUAAAACGAUUCUUUGCAAUUGCAUCUAAUUUUCAUCGUCAAUUUACUGUCAAUCAUUUCAACGAUUACACUGCGUUGGUUUCAAGAGCAUGUUUUUCCAUGCUGUAAAUUUCGACUGUACGAACAAUUUUGCACCAUGUCUGUAACCUCAAAAAUCAAAGUGUUUGUCGGCUCGUUCGUUCAUACUAACGAACAUGGAAAAUUAAUUACCGUCGAUCAUGGCGCGAUUUACGUUAAAGAAGGGAAGAUUACCAAUAUAAUAAUAAAUCCAAAAUCAAUUGACACGAAAUAUGAAAAUGUGACUGUCCUCGACAGCAGCCAAUUUUUAGUACCAGGAUUCAUCGACUGUCACAUUCACGCUGUCCAGCUCCCUAAUUUAGGAGUCGGAUACGAUAAAAAGCUUUUAGAAUGGUUGGAAACUUACACUUUCCCUUUGGAGAGGAAAUAUACGGAUGAGAAGUUUGCCGAACAAGUAUUCGAUGCUGUCGUAAAACAAACUAUUGCGCUUGGUACAACAACAGCGUGUUACUUUGCAUCCCUUUACGCGAAAGCAUCUGUAAUACUUGGGCAAAAGGCUGCGGACAUAGGUCAACGGGCUUUCAUAGGAAAACUGAGUAUGAAUGUUCAACGUAGUGACAAAUACUACGAGACCACAGAAGAAUCAAUGAUAAAUGUAAAUAAAUUCGUGAAAGAUAUCAUUGAAUUGAAUAAUCCUCUCGUAAAGCCAAUUAUAACACCAAGAUUCGCCUUAAGUUGCGAUAUGACAUUGAUGAGAGAAUUAGGAAAAUUAGCGAAAGAGAAAGAUCUCCAUAUACAGAGCCACAUAUCUGAGAAUCUAGAUGAAAUAGAAGCCGUAAAAAAUAAAUUUCCUGAAUGCUCUUCGUACGCAGAUGUUUACGAUGCAUCUGGACUUCUUACAAGCAAAACAGUGAUGGCUCACGGAGUACAUCUCACAGACAAUGAAAUUGCGCUAUUAAAGAAACGCAGUGUAGCGGUUGUUCAUUGUCCUUCAUCGAAUACAUGUUUAAAGAGUGGCCUUUGCGACAUUCAAAAGCUGAGAUCCGAAGGAAUAAAAGUUGGCCUCGGCACUGACGUUGCGGGGGGACAUAGCUGUAGCAUUUUGGAUGCGAUGAAAUCAGCUUUGGAAGUAUCGACUCACCUGUCUUUGAUUAAAGAUAAUUAUGAACCGCUUAAUUACAAAGACGUGUUUCAUAUGGCUACUUUAGGAGGUGCAAUGGCUCUGGCGAUGGAUAAUGAGAUAGGAAAUUUUGUAGUUGGCAAAGAAUUCGAUGCUCUUGUUAUAGAUACAAACAUAAGUAUCGGACAUUUAGAUGAUUUACAAGAUUAUACUUUGGAAGAAAAACUUCAAAAAUUCAUAUAUUCUGGAGAUGAUCGCAAUGUACUCGAAGUGUAUAUAAGUGGGCGUAAAGUCAAAUAAAUAUAAU